AUGGCGGAGUCGGAUGAGCGCCCGAGCUCGCGCGCGGGGCCGGCGCAGGCUGAGAUUUACCUCCCGAAUUACCGCAUUGGAAAGACGCUCGGCAUAGGGUCGUUCGGUAAGGUGAAGGUUGCCGAACACGUCUUGACGGGACACAAGGUGGCGAUCAAGAUUUUAAAUAGGAAAAAGAUCAAGGCGAUCGAUAUGGAGGAGAAGGUGCGACGGGAGAUUAAAAUUUUGCGUUUGUUCAUGCAUCCGCACAUCAUUCGGUUGUACGAGAUUUUGGAGACGCCGCACGACAUCUUCUUGGUGAUGGAGUACGUCAAGAGCGGGGAGUUGUUCGAUUACAUCGUGGAAAAGGGACGAUUGGGAGAGAAUGAGGCGAGACACUUUUUCCAGCAAAUCAUAUCCGGGGUGGAGUAUUGUCAUCGAAACAUGGUGGUGCAUCGAGACUUGAAGCCGGAAAACUUAUUGUUGGACUCGAGGAACAACGUGAAGAUCGCUGACUUUGGCCUGUCGAACGUCAUGCGGGACGGUCACUUUUUGAAGACAUCGUGCGGAAGUCCCAACUACGCCGCACCAGAGGUCAUCAGCGGGAAGUUGUACAGCGGUCCAGAGGUGGACGUGUGGAGUUGCGGGGUCAUUUUGUACGCCCUACUGUGCGGGUCGCUCCCGUUCGACGACGAGAGCAUUCCGAAUUUGUUCAAAAAGAUCAAGGGUGGUAUAUAUACUCUACCUAGUCAUCUCAGUCCGGGAGCGAGGGACUUGAUCUCCCGCAUGCUCUUCGUCGAUCCGCUCAAGCGCAUCACCAUGGCUGAGAUUCGCCAGCACCCGUGGUUCGUCGUGCACCUGCCGCGCUACCUCGUGGUGCCGCCGCAGACACAGAUUUCCCAAACAUCCAAUCUCGACGGCGAGACGCUAGACAUGGUGGUCAAUCUUGGGUUCGAGCGAGAGCCGCUGAUUUCGGCGCUGCAGCAUCAAGUGCGCAACAAGGCGACGGUCACGUAUUACCUUCUCCUCGACAAUAGACGAAACAUUUACGGUGGAUACUUGGGCGCGGAGUACGACGACGCGGAGAUGAUGGCCGAACAUAAUAAUAUGCGUGGGCACGGCGUGGCGUCCGCGCUCGGUGUGCGACGACCAAGCCAAAUCCAGUCGCACAUGAUGCAAACGCGUCUCGUCGCGGAGCAGCGUUGGAUGCUAGGGACAGCGUCAAAGAUGGGCGCACAGGACGUCAUAAAUGAGUUGCUUCGUGUGUUGAGAGCUAUGAACAUUGCUUGGAAGAAGAAUGGACCGUACAACAUGAAGUGCAUGUGUGUGUUCCAUCCUGACAAUGACGGCGAGAUGGACGCCGGAGACUACGGCGAGAGCGACGCGAUGGAAGCGGAUGCCGGCGAUGUGAGCAUGGCCACCCGUUCGCAUGCGCCCGGAAAUGCGCGCGAACCGUCCGUGCUCAAGUUUGAGCUGCAAGUGUACAAGUUACCGAACGAUAGACUGAUGGUUGAUUAUCAACGCGUGGAGGGUGGCGUCAUGGUAGCGUUGGAUUUCGCGGCAAAGUUGAUGACUUUCAUGAACCUUCAAUAG